GAGACGACUGAUCGUCUUGCCAAUCUGGGCCGGAACGAUACAGCUGGUUCCGCUUCGCACUCUGAUAUGCGUGUGUAGGCAUACGAACCUCGAGCAGUUGAUGAAGCUUUUCGUGGCGGUGUCGCUGUUGAGGUCCCGCGAUAUGCUGGAGUUGCUCCUUUUAGCCUGUCGUCACUCCAAGAUUUGGAAGACUAGCACCAGGCCCACCGUGCUGCUUUGA